AUGCCGUCGGUCUCAGUCCUCCCUUCCUCUCCAGCACACAGAACAUUCGGUGCUGGCACUCCUCCAAAGCUACCCGACACAGAUGGCUCAAGGCCAGGUCCGAGUCCAUCCCACCAGAAUGGCGCGACGCCAACACCACCCACAACGCACGGAAAUGACGAUGCAGAGCUGACCGUCGCAGAGAUCAAAGACAAGGUGCGCAACGCCGUGAAGGAAAUCCGCGGGGCGUCGGCCAUUUCGCUCUUGCGCACGGCGGGAGACCGGGCUGCUGCGGGAGCGGCGUACGAGGCGGUGGGUGACUUGCGCGCUGCGUAUCGUGCGCUGUUUUCUUCUGCGCAGAUUACGCAGGUUAUUAUGGACCACCCGGAGUUUAAGCAGGAGGCGAAUGGGAAGAAGGGUGUUGUUUGGAACGAAUGGAGCGAGUUUCAGAUGCGGUAUGGGAAUGAGGUGUUGAAGAAGGCGAAGAGCUUGGAGACUCGCCUGCUGGAGAUGGACAAGGACAAGGCGAGAGUUGCCAGUGCCAGUGCCGACGGCGAUCGAAAGGUUGGAGGCUCUAUCGCAGAUCGCAUAAGAUCUCUGCAGGAUACAGGUCUGAAUGUGCAGACGACAAAGCGUCUCUCGCGCGACCUCAGCUCUACUGUUGGUGCUGGCGGUGCUGGUGCUACUGCGGCUGUGACUUCGCCAACGACGCCUUCGUCCAGCACAAUCACUCGAACGGCCUCCUCACAACAUCACAAUGGAUCACCCAGCAUCUCGCACUCGUCAUCCAUAGCAAGUCACGCUACAGGGUCCUCCAUCCACUCGCUCGCGUCGCCCUCGUCAUUCGGCCCGCCCUCGCCGUCCGUCUCGUCGCACCACGAAUCGUCGCACCUCUCGAACUUCUCGCUUUCGGAAUUCAACCAGACAUUUCCGUCGAUUGAUGAACUGGACGAGAAUAUGGGCGUCGCACUCCCGCAGCUUCCGUCAGUCCCAACCAACAAACCAGGGACAGCAGCCAACUUCCCGCCGCCUGCCUCCCCCUCCGUCAUCCAACGCUUCCCUUCUCUUCCUCUCGAUCUCGAUCCGGGUCCUCGGCCCGCAAGCACACCCAUCCCUCCAACAAUGAACGUCCUGCAAAGUCGACCACCAUCGCCAACCCGUGCGGCAGCCCAUCAACGCAGUAGUCCCCUAUCACCUACAAUUCCGCCGAAACCGGUCAGUUUGACGAUGACGGGCAGUUCGUCUUCUACGCGCAAUUCGCCUUCCCGGUCAUCGCCGAUGCACACGGGCGACUCUUCCUCACGAUCAAAGGGAAUUGAGUUGCCGGUGACGAAUACGAUUUUCCCAAAGGUUUUACACGAAUAUUUAGGUCGUGGGAACGACGUCAAGGUGCUUCUACUCGAUGUGCGUACCCGCGACGAAUUCGCGAAGGGACAUAUCAGGAGUGAUGCGGUGGUGUGCCUGGAGCCACAUGUCCUUCUUCGUGACGGUCUCACGAGCGAGAAAUUGGAAGAUGCACUCGUUGUUGCACCACAGCAUGAAUCUGCAGUGUUCCGAAAUCGGGACAAGUUUGAUCUUGUUGUCAUGUAUGAUUGGGAUUCUGAGAGCUUUGGCGCUUCUGUUGCGCCCCUGGCCACUGCCGUGCGAAUUAUUUACGAGACGGCCUUUCAGCGUUCCCUCAAGAGACCACCAGUCAUACUUGUUGGUGGACUGAAAGCCUGGGUAGCUACUUUCCCAAGCGAAGUUGCUCGUGACGAGGCCAUCGCGUCUGUUGAAUUAGACAUGGAGCGAAUGAAACUGUCUUCGCCAACUACGAACGGGUCGUCUUACACGUCCUAUGUCUUCAAAGAACGGAGCGAUUCGCAGUCCCCAGAGAUGCGAUCUCCAACGACGACAGGGUACUCGCGCAACAAUCCGUUCGUCAUGAAUCAGAUUCCGGAGAAUUCCAGCGCGUCAACGGAAGCUAACGGGGUGUCUCUACCUGAACCAUCCCGGAGACGUGUUCGAAAACCUGCUAUCUCUAGACCACCUUCACAACCCUCGAUUUCGUUCUCGCCUUAUAUAAAUGGAGCACACGCAGCGUCGGCAAGUGCAUCGUCACCAUCGAUUUCAUACCCGCAAUUCCCGCGUACUUCGUCAAAUUUCGGAACUUCUCUCCCUGCGAACGCAAAUCAAGCAGGGAUCGUCUCGCCUCCGCCUACUGCCUCGAUCAACCCUUCCUUCUCACGACGACGUAGUGACUAUAUCGACCAAUCUGAACAAGCUGUCUCGACAUUCGCCAGUCGACCGUCAAUCGACUACCCAGAUCUCUCAGCGCAACACGUCGUCAGACCACCUCCAGUCGCAGCAACUCCACCAUCCGAACGACAAGACCAACGACGAGCAUCUGCACAUGGAGCUCGACAAUCGCUGGCAACUUUGGACGGACCGAGACCGCCGACGAUUAAUUCGGAGUAUCCGGUAUCGUAUUGGCUGGAUUCGAGUUUGAUGACGGCUGGGUUGAAGAAUCUGGGCAAUACGUGUUAUAUGAACUCGACGAUUCAGUGUUUGAGCGCGACUGUUCCGUUUGCUCGGUUCUUCAUAGAUGGUCGAUGGAAGAGUGCCGUCAAUUUCCUGAAUCCUUUAGGGACUAAAGGUCACUUGACAGCUGCGUUCGCAUCCAUACUACAUGACCUUUGGCAUCAGGAGUCGCCAACAAUAACACCUCUCGCUUUCCGAAAAUCCGUAUGCAUGUAUGGCCAACAAUUCGCCGGUUCCGAACAACAUGACUCCCAAGAAUUCCUCAACUUCCUCCUAGACGGGUUACACGAAGACCUCAAUCGUAUCCUCAACAAAGAACCCGUCCUCCGUACACCCGAACGCGAAGCCGAACUCGAACUCCUACCUCAGCAAAUUGCGAGUCAGCAGGAAUGGAAUUUAUAUAGGAUGAGAGAUGAUAGUAUCGUUGUUGAUUUUUUCCAGGGGCAGUUUAGGAAUCGGAUGGAGUGUUUGACGUGUAGGAAGACGAGUACGACGUAUAAUUCUUUCAUGUAUUUGACGUUGCCGAUACCGAUGGGUGGGAGAGGGUUUGGAGGGAAGGCAACGUUGCAGCAGUGUUUGGAUGCGUUUGUACAGGAGGAAGUUAUGGAGAAGGCUGAUGCUUGGCAAUGCCCAAACUGCAAAACCCUACGCAAAGCAACCAAGAAACUCUCCAUCUCCCGACUCCCUCCCGUUCUCCUCAUCCACCUCAAACGGUUCACUACAAAGGGACAUUUCACAGAUAAGCUAGAGACGUUUGUGGAUUUCCCGUUGAGGGGAUUGGAUUUGACGAAUUAUAUGCCGGCGCCGUUACCGCCGAAUGUGGAUCGGAGUAAAUUGUACUCAUCCGCUACGGGCAUGUUAAAUGGUAGUGCGCAAGUGGCGGGGACGACGCAGACCCCGAUUUCGUUGGAUGACCCACGGAGUCAGGUACCGCCGUAUAAGUACGAUUUGUACGCUGUGACGAACCAUUUUGGGACGUUGAGUAGUGGGCAUUAUACUGCGUUCGUCAAUUCACGAGGGAACUGGCUUUACUGUGAUGAUAGUCGGAUAUCAACGGCGGAUGCGAAGGAGGUCGUCGGCAAACCAGCUUACGUACUCUAUUACAAGCGUGUCAAGGGAUAGUCCAGUCAUCGUCAUCUUGAUGUUUCUCCUUGGAGUCGGAGUGACAUAGUUUCAGACACUUCAUCCCUUCCAUUUCUUCCUCUCUUCCUCUCUCUCUCCCUCGCACGUCCGCCUACCCGAUCCAAUCCAGAGCUCUCCCUUCCUUCCUUCCUUAAGUCCAUCUCUACUCGACGACUUAUAUCUUUACUAGCUAGCAGUAACUCGUACAACGCAUACAAAUUCAUUCAUCUUAUUGUCAAGCCAACACAUAUUUCUAUUAUUUUUUGUUGUUUUUAUGUUUUUUUUUUGUCUUUAGGAAAUCGACUAUCAUAGUAUUACAUUACAAUACAUACGAUGCAAUUACAUAUCUUGUACUUUUUC